GCACUGCCCGGCCACGCUCCAUGGCGCCAUGUCCGGCACCGGCACUGCCUGAAGCAGGGCUGUGCUCUCCGGCCCCAUCUCCUCUCCGGUUACUCCCGGAUCCCAAGGAUCCACCGGCAACAAACUGAUGCUCCAGGGCAGUGGCUAUGGCCGAGGGGAGCACGGCUGCUGACCACGAGGGGCUCCUGAGGAGGGUGCAGGAGCUGGAAGCGGAGGUGAAGCGGCUGCAGGAGAAGCUCCAGGAUGACAAGGAGGGCACUGGGAGGAGAGAGGCUGCUCUGGCCCCCGGGAAAGCCAAAAGACGCCAACAAAGGCCCUUCGAUUUCAGCGCGCACGGCCGCAGACACGUGGCACUGCGCAUCGCCUACCUGGGCUGGGGCUACCAGGGCUUUGCCAGCCAGGAGAACACCCCCAACACCAUCGAGGAGAAGCUCUUUGAAGCCUUGAAGAAGACACGGCUGGUGGACAGCAGAGAGACCUCCAACUACCAUCGCUGCGGGCGCACGGACAAGGGAGUCAGCGCCUUUGGGCAGGUGAUUUCCCUGGAUCUCCGCUCCAGCCUGCCACCAGAGGGGCAGCAGCAAAACGGGCACGCGGGCGAGGGGCAGCGGGAGGAGCUCCGCUACACCCACAUCCUGAACAGGGUGCUGCCCCCCGACAUCCGGGUGCUGGCCUGGGCCCCCGUGGCGCCGGAGUUCAGCGCCCGCUUCAGCUGCCAGCGCCGCACCUACCGGUACUUCUUCCCCUGCGCCCAGCUGGACGUGGCCCUCAUGGACAGCGCCGCCCAGCGCUACGUGGGCACCCACGAUUUCCGCAACCUCUGCAAGAUGGACGUGGCCAACGGGGUGCUCAACUUCCAGAGGACGAUCCUCAGCGCCCGCGUGACGUGGGUGGAGAGAGGGGGAGAAUCCGGGCCGCGGGAUCCCUUCCGGCUGUGCCAGUUCGAGGUGACGGGGCAGGCGUUCCUGUACCACCAGGUCCGCUGCAUGAUGGCCGUGCUCUUCCUCAUCGGCCAGGGCAUGGAGAGCCCGGACAUCAUCGACGAACUGCUGGACGUGGAGAAGAACCCCCGGAAACCGCAGUACAGCAUGGCAGUCGAGUUCCCCCUGGUCCUGUACGACUGCGAGUUCCCAGACCUGCAGUGGCUCUACGACCCAGAGGUGCAGGGUUUCAACGUGACACACUUGCAGCAGCUCUGGGCCAGCCACGCCGUCAAAACCCACGUGCUUCGGGACAUGUUGGCAGGGCUGGACACUGCUCCCAUGGCCACUGGCAAAGGUCCGGGGAGCAGCCUGGUCACCAGCUUCGUGGAGGGGGUCCAAGCCCGCACCUACAAGCCCUUGCUGUCCCGGCCCCGGUGCGAGGGGCUGGAGGCUCGGAUCGAGCACUUUGUGCGGAGGGGCCGCAUCGACCCCCCCCGGGGGCCGGGGGUGCCCGGGGACCAGGAGCCCCCCGAGGGCAAGCGGGGCAGCAGCGCAGCCCCCGAGCAGCCGCCCAAGAGGGUCUGCGUGGACACCGAGUGACGGGGCGCCUCGGCACUUCUUUUUAUUACUGUUAUUGGGGAAAAAAAGCGCGUUUCUUCGGUGCUGUUUUUUUAUAAAUCUCAAGAAAUCUCUUGUA